AGAUAAGCCCAGCUCAGCCCAGCUGACCCCAGACUCUCCUCCCUCACUCCCCCAUGUCGCAAGAUCAAGACCCCGAGGCAGAGAACCUGUUCACCAAGUCCCCCGCCCCGCCCCCAUCACCCUGUAAACAUCUCCCAGCUCCCGCCCCCUUUCACCUAGCCCGCUGUUCCCCAAGUCCCCGUCCAAGCCCAUGCCACCCCUGCAGCAAGGCAGCCCCAGAGGCCAGCGCCCAUCCUGGAGUCAGGGGUCGCGGCUCGGCCUCGGCCCCGCCUCUCCGCCUUUGCAACUUGAGCCUAGCUGCGACCCCUGCUCUGACGUCUCGGAAAAUUCCCCUUUGCCCAGGCCCUUGGGGGAGGGGGUGCAUGGUAUGAAAUGGGGCUGAGACCCCCGGCUCGGGGCAGAGGAACCCGCCAGAGGUGAGCCAUGAACUGAGGACUGGAUGCCUGGGUGUCUGGGUUAGGAAGGACCUGGGGGACUAGACUCCCAAGAAGCAGGGGGCCUGGACUCCUGGAUCUGAGAGACUGAGAGGGCUGUGGUCCCUCACUCCCAGGACCAGGAUUCUAGGCUCCUGGGGAAGGAGGGAGCGGAGGCCUGGACUCCUGGCUCUGAGGGAAGCCAGGGCUGGGGCCCAGACUCCAGAGCCUCCAAGUGUCACCAGCUCACCCAUUGCUAUGUGGACUUUUCCCAGAACAUUCAGAAGGAGCAUCCAUGGACCUGUGGAACUGGGAUGAGGCAUCCCCCCAGGAAGUGCCUCCGGGGAACAAGCUGGCAGGGCUGGAAGGAGCCGAAUUCGGCUUCUAUGUCCCUGAUCUGGCGCUCCAAGGGGACAUGCCGACAGCGACAGCAGAGACAUACUGGAAAGGUACGAGCUCAUCCCUGGCAGGCUUUCCACAGCUGGACUGGGGAUCCGCGUUACUGUACCCAGAAGUUCCAUGGGGGGAGGAACCCGACCCUCGGGCUCUUCCAUGGUCGGGGAACUGGACAGAUGUGGCGUGCACAGCGUGGGACUCUUGGAGCGGCGUCUCGCAGACCCUGGGCCCCGCCCCUCCCGGCCCGGGCUCCGCCCCCGCCGCCUGCUCUGAAGGCGCCGCGGGCCAGAACUGUGUUCCCGCGGCGGGAGGGGCCAUCACGUGGUCGCGCGCCCAGGCCACCGGGAGCACCCCCAGCUGGGACUGUUCUGUGGGCCCCGACGGUGUCACCUACUGGGGCAGUGACCUCGGCGGGGAGCCGCGCACGGACUGUGCCAUUUCGUGGGGCGGGCCCGAGGGCCCGGACUGUACCACCUCCUGGAAUCCGGGGCUGCGUGCGGAUGGCACCACUUCUUUGAAGGGGUACCAGAGCUCAGCUCUCACCCCUUCUUCCGAACCGAGCCUGCAGUCGGACCGUGCCAGUUUGGCUCGUUGCCCCAAAACUAACCACCGAGGUCCCAUUCAGCUGUGGCAGUUCCUCCUGGAGCUGCUCCACGACGGGGCGCGUAGCGGCUGCAUCCGUUGGACAGGCAACAGCCGCGAGUUCCAGCUGUGCGACCCCAAAGAGGUGGCUCGGCUGUGGGGCGAGCGCAAGAGAAAGCCCGGCAUGAAUUACGAGAAGCUGAGCCGAGGUCUGCGCUACUACUACCGUCGCGACAUCGUGCGCAAGAGCGGGGGGCGCAAGUACACGUACCGCUUCGGGGGCCGAGUGCCCAGCCUAGCCUAUCCGGACUGUGCGGGGGGCGGACAGAGAGCAGAGACCCAAUAAAAAUUCCCGAUCAAACCUC